UACAGGAAAGGUGGAAGGCAAAAAAAAACCCCCUCCUCUACGGAGAAUGUCGGAGGCUUCUUCCCUCCAAACCCUUCCGCCCGAUGCCCCCACCUUCCCCAUUCCCCUCCAUAACCCUAACCCUAACCCUAACCCUAACCCUAACCCUAACGCGAACCAUCCUUCAUCGUCUUCUCCCUCGUCCCAACAAUGGAUGGCUCUGGCGCGAGCUUGGCUCUCCUCCCUCCCGCCCAACCACACUCCCACGGCGAGCGAGGUGGACUCUUGGAUCGACUCCCACCUCUCCUCCCUCCCCGACGAUCUCCGCUCCAUCCCUCGCCCGCACCUCCAUCAGAGGCUGCUCUCCUCGAUCCCCACUCGCCAGGUAGAGGAGGGGAGGGAGCAGGUGGAGUUCCCCUACAGGUUCCAGCGUACGGAUCUGUGGAAGCCCGUGUACGGGUGGUUGGAGUCGCUGGAUAAGGAUGUGUUGGUGAAUGGGAAGGAGAUCUCGGAGUGGUUGUCGUCGAACCCCAACGUGAUGGAGAGGUUGUUCGAGAAGCAUUCGCGGUACCAUCUGAUGCACUAUAUUCAGAGGCUGCAUUUGAAGUNACGUCUGGAAACUGGAAAAUACAGAAAUUUGAUAAAAUUGAUGAUGAAUUUAUUAAAAUCUCCAAUUUAA